GCCGUGGUUUUCGUAAUUUCGUGUGUAGUGCGGACCCGAGACGACAGCCGAGUGCAUUACUCUUGCUACCUCUUCCCUCGUGUGUUCGUAACUCCGUGUAGUGAGUUCAGUUUUUUCCUUCGUUAACUAUCGAAUUUCUUCUGAACCUGUCGCCGAGUAGUGGUUUUUUUAAAAAAUUAUUUAUUAAUUUAUUAUUUCUAUUCGUUUUAUCCAGACAGAACCUCCACCGUCCGAGGUUUUAUCGCGACACGCAUUAUACGCAUUUCAUACGUCUUAUACCUAUCGUGGUGGUGUUUCCCCCCCAAAAAUAACACAAUUAAUUUAAAGUAUUUAUAUCGUUACGUAUUUUAAUUUGUAUUUGACGCUGUUUCAAUAUUAUUAUGGCACGAGGAGACAACGUGAACAAGGUUUUAUACUCGUAUCAAAGUGGAUAUCAUACGAUAUGUUCAAGGUGAGGACUGUAUCGCUGGGGAGAAUUUUAACGUUUUCGACAGCCGUCUUAUACCUCGGUUAUCUUUGGUACAAGCGCAAGAGAACUUUGUCACAUCGCCAGAGUGACAAGAAGAGACCUCGUUCUGAACUUUCAGAACUGACCAAAAUUGACGAUCUAGAAUUGUUUCAGGCAUUAGAAAAAGCCUCUCGUACAUUAGAGGUAUCACAAACUGUGGAAGAAGAACAUAUUGAGAGUUCUGUUAUUCAUAAAGAUAUCAUGGAGCCAACUGUUGGUCAGAUACAAGUAAAUGAAAAAGAAUCGUUUAUAGAUAACCAAGAAGUGCAUGAAUUGGUUACUAAAGUUAAUACAAUGGCUAGUGAACAACAGGUAUGUUUAGAAUCUAUCAUGAUAGAUUCUUUAACUGAAGAUUUAACUAAUUUGAAAUUAAGUACAGAAGAAGAAAAAGAAAAUGAAAUAGUUAUUAAUAUUGAUGAUUCUAAUAAUAUUCAAAUAAUAGAAAAUAAUGAGAAAGUAGAAAUAGAAGAACACUCUAAAGAUAAAGCUUGUUGGACAGUAAUGGCAGAAAAAGAAGAUCACUGUGAAUGUCCUAAAGCUGUUCUUAUUAAAAAGGCAAAAAAAGAUGAAGAACCUAUGAUAUUUGAAGGAAUUAAAUUUAAAGGAAAAAAGAAAAAAGGUAGAAAAAAGAAUCAAGCUAAAGAUAUCAUCAAACUUCCCUCUGAAUCAAACAACAAAAAUAAAACUAAUAGCAUUGUUAAAUCUGUAAAGAAAAAUCAAAUUGUAGAAGAAGAUUGUGAUUCAGCGCAUAGUGUAGAUCAUAGUAUUGACACUAACGAUGCACCAAAUACAAUUUAUUCAGAUAUUAGAAGUGUUGGUUCUCAAGACAGUGGCAAAGGUGGUAGUUCUUUUUCUGGAGAACUUCGCACAGUAUCAGAUUCUGAUGAGCAAACAAGUUAUGACUUUUUAGUUCCAAUUGAACUAGUGGGACCAAUUAUUGGUAAAAAAGGAGCAUUUGUGAAAUAUAUUAAAGAAAAAAGCAAUGUUAGGCUUUUUGUCGAAAAUAAGACUGAAAGUCCAGAAGAUAAAUAUAAAAUGUGCACAUUAGUUGGAUCUGAAAUAAAUAUAAACAAAGCACUCAAAUUAAUUAGAACCAAGUUUCCUGAAAGAGCUUAUCCAGAGUUUACUUUAGAAUGCAUUUCUUCAAUGUUGGACGGUUCACCUGUUAUUUCUCAACUUUUUAAGUCGGAAUUAAUUGAAGGCGUUAAUAACCAUGUUAUCGUAACCGACUUAGUAGCUACAGAUCAUUUCUUUGUUCAUAAUGCAUCCAGUCCGGAUUAUGCAAUGCUUUCUUCUUUGAACUUUGCCAUGAACGAUACAUUUGGAAACAGCAAAGAAGAUAUUCCAGAAGUCGAUUUACGCACUGUUACCCAUGGUUCUGUAGUGGCCACCUUUAGCGAAGAUAAUUGGUACCGUGCACAAGUGAUCGAUGUAGAUGAAAAAAAAUAUGAAUCUGCAAAUGUAUUUUUUUUGGAUUAUGGCGGUUGCAAAAAAAUUGAACAGUGUGAUAUGAGGCCGAUGCAUGACUCAUUAAUAGCUUUAAGUUUCCAAGCAAUCGAAUGUAGUUUAGCAAAUAUUGCUCCAGCUUAUGGUGAGUGGUGUGAAGAAUCCCUAAAAAUGUUUAAAACACUGACUACUGGCAAAAUGUUGUUUGCUCAAGUAGUUUACAAGUCUGAUAGUGUACAAUAUGUUAAUUUAUUAGCUUUUGAUGGCUUUGUGACUAUUUCUAUCAAUGAUGAACUGAUUAAGUAUGGAUUUGCCGUCUACGCUCCUCCAAGUGGUAUUUACCGAAAUGAUAUAACACCCGAACUUAACGAACCAACAUACGCACCUGCAUAGGUUACUUUCUCAUUUGUUUUUAAAGUUGCUUUUGUAUUUUCCUGACUGUUAUUGCGUUUUAUUUUAUUACUAUUUUUUUCCAUUCAUGACUCAAUAAUUUUUAUUCAAUUUUAAAUCUUUCAUUGAAAACCUGCUUUCAGGUAUAUUAUUUUUUUUUUUAAGUAAUGCACUCAUUUUUCUACACAAAUUGGUAUUUUUUUUUUUUAUUAUUUAUGAAAAGACAAACUAAAACAUAUGAUUUAUUUUUAUUAUGAAACAAAUUUUCUUUAGACUAUAGUAAUAAUUAAUUUAAUUAACAAUUAAUUCAUUCUUUAGUACAAAUACCAAACUUUUAAAACUAAUAUUUUAAAUCUUAAUAUGGUUGAAAUUACAAUAUAUUUUUAUUAAAAUACCAUUUGUUAUAAUAUUAAGUACUUCAUUUGUGUAUAAUAUUUAAAAAAAAAAUAUGUAAUUGUGUCACAAAAAUAGUUAGACAUUUUUUUUCUGACAAACAAAAUGUAUAUAUUGUUUGCAUUUGAGUAAAUUUUUUUAGAUAUAAACCAAAUAAAUGAUGUUAAAUUAUAUUUUUUUCUCAUCUUCGUCGACUGUAUUACAAUAGAAAUAAGGUUUUUUUUGAAGAUGGUUUUUCUUUUUUCAUUGAAUGCAUAUGUUAUAUAUUUUAGAUAAAAUUAUUUUAAUGAACGUUAUCUUUCCACAGGAUAAAAUAAACCACAUAAAUUCUAUUAGAAGUAUUAUCAAUUAAUUAAUUAGAAUAUAGGAAACUUAUAUAAUGUUUCAAUUUAAGAGUGAGAAUUUAUAAAGCAUUAUAAAAUUGUAAAUUUUAACUAGAUGUACCUUCUAAAAGUUCAUAUCUUUUAUUCUAUGAAUGAAAUUUAAAAUUAUAUUAUUUAUGAUAAAAUUAAUUCAUUAUUGAUACGAAUAAGUUAAGAUAAUUUUAAGGGAGCAAUUUUUGUUAUCAAGUGUUUUCAUUUAUAAAAAUUAACAAGUCAGUUGUAUAUUUUGUUUUGUUUUUAUAAUUAUUAUUGUCCUCUACAGAUUUCAAAACAAUGAUCAUACAUUAUUAAUGCUUAAUGGCCAAACAUAAUUCAAAAUGAUAAAAAUAGAGCUUAUAUGCAUUGGUAAUUUCUAAGUAAAAAUGAUCUAUUUGCAUAUUUUGACAAGAACCUUAACAAUUUUAUGUACUAUGGUAUAUUUAAACAAGUUAUGUAAAGAGAACAGAUGCAAUUUCAUAUUAUGCCAAUAAUUUCAAUGUAUUGAAAAUAAACUAUCACAGUUUUAGAUAUUUAAGAGUAUGUCUCACCUGUAUGUGUUGUCUUUGUCUUACACAUGUACAGCAUAAUACAUUUUUGUUCACCAGUUUCAAUAGUGUACAUUUAGUUUUAAUAUUAGAUUGAAUUGACCUAUUAUCAAAGUUUUAGGUAAGAACAUUAUCUGUGUUCUCUCGUUUGGCUUUUUACAAUAUUUUAAUUUUUAGGUGAGAUGAUCAUUUUCAAAUAUUUAAUAAUUGCAUACUCAUAACUCACCUAAAAAUUAAAAUAUUGUAAAAAGCCAAACGAGAGAACACAGAUAAUGUUCUUACCUAAAACUCUAAUUAUAGGUCAAUUUAUUCUAAUAUUAAAACUAAAAGCACACUAUUGAAACUGGUGAACAAAAAUUUACUAUGGUGUACGUGUGACAGACAAACACAUGCAGGUGAAAUGCCCUCUUAACAUUUAUGAUAUUUAGGAAAUUAUUUGUAAUUUCAUUAUGCAUUUUUAACAAAUAUAAAUGUAUAUUUUUACAUUGCAUAUAAAACCUAAACUUUAAAUUAAACCUGGUUGUUAAAAUUGUUUUAUAAUCUCUCUUCUGAUAAUUUUCCCGUGCUAGUGAAGUACAAACGUAAAGAUUGUAACCUGUUACAUGUAAGCAUGUUACUUUUUAUUGUAACUUUAUUUUUUCAAGAAUUGUUCUCAUUGCAAUUUAUUAGUUAAAUGAUUAUUUUUAUGUACUAUUUGUCUGCAAAAUAUAUUUUGUACUUUUAUAUUUA